GGUUCCCUCACGGUAGUCCGUCCAUCCCUCUUGCUUCCUGGGCCCGAGGGUUCCGGUUUUUUCCCUCUUUCCUCAUCUCCGGUGGCUUUCUCGAAUCCAAUCUAUCCGCUUGUAUCCCGAGGAACUGUUGGUGCUGUCCACAUUAGCCAUCAUGGGAGGUCACUGUUUGUGGGAUGGAACGCUCUCGCCUAAUGACUUUAUUGCUUCAGCAGAUGAUCUUACCAAGAAAUGGAUGGCGAUCAACCCAAAUCUCCCCCAGUGGACAUGGAUUCCUUGUCAGAGAAUGGAUGUUUCGUGUAAUACUCAGGCAGAAGGAUACUUAGCACUUGAGAACAUGUAUCAGCUAAGCGCAAGUGAGGUCAAUGCACCUACUGAUGAUGAAAACUACUCUGCAGAAGAAGCACCAUUUGACAAUGCUACCUUGAUCCAGAGCUACAAUGAUGACAUGCACAUCUAUGAUUUUCACAUAGUGUACAGCUUUUCUUACCAGGUUCCUGUACUUUAUUUCCGUGGAUAUCGAUGUGAUGGACAUCCUUUGCACUUAUGCGACAUCGAAAAAGACCUUCCUCCCUACUCUGCGAAAAUCCGGAAUGAAUCAAAGUGGACAUUUAUGACCCAGGAGGAACAUCCCUACCUAUGUUGUCCAUGGUACACUUUACACCCCUGUGGAACCAGUGAUUGGAUGAAGUUGCUGCUAGGAGGCAGUCUGCCAUCAAAGAACCCUGAUAUGCUGCAUUACUUAUCAGCAUGGUUAUCUGUGGUUGGCCAGACAGUUGGAUUGAGGAUUCCCUUGGAACUGCAUGAUAAGUCUAUCUAGGAUUGGUUUUGUGCAUCUUUCACGCAUAAAGGUUAAGAAUUUUUACAUGGAAUUUGUGGCCAUCAUAAGUAUGGUAAUGCUAGAAUCAUCUUGUCCUCUGAAAGUUCAGACUAAUGGAAUUAUUUAUUUUUUGUAGUCAAGUCCUAUUGUAUAUAUUCACCAAACCAAUGUAAAACUAUCAUUUGUCUUUAUGAGAAUUUUGUAAAGUUUUUAUUGAUAG